AUGAACGGCACCCAGCCCGAGCAGCGACGCUCGGCUCUCGUGCUCUAUGGCUCGGAAACCGGCAAUUCCCAAGAGGUGGCCGAGGAGCUGGGGGCCUUGGCCGAGCGUCUGCAUUUCCGAACUCAUGUGGCCGAGCUGAAUCAGUACAAGCCAGAAGUGCUGAAAUUGCAUACAAUUGUUAUUUUUGUGGUUUCGACGACGGGUCAGGGUGAUUUCCCGGUCAAUGCGAGGUCGUUUUGGCGGUCGUUGUUGCUGAAGAGACUGCCUCCGACGUUCUUGGAGGGGGUCAAUUUUGCGUCGUUUGGGCUGGGGGAUAGCUCGUAUCCGAAGUUCAAUUGGGCUGCGCGCAAGUUGCACAAGCGGUUGUUGCAGCUGGGUGCGAAUGAGAUAUAUCGGGCUGGGGAGGCCGAUCAGCAGCAUCCGGAGGGGUGGACAUAUCCGCUUCCUUCAGGGUUGGGUCCGAUACCGGAUGACGUUCAAUUGCCGCCGAAAUGGGUCCUGGAGCUACAGGAGCAAAAUACGACAGAAAUAAAAGAGGAUCAUAUGGUUUCUGGCACCCAGGAAUACCAAGCUGCGCCGGAUGAAUUUCCAAAGUUGACUCGACUAGACCAUGAUCUACGACCACUGCCCGAUACGUUGACAGCGACGCUUACAGAGAACAAACGGUUGACGCCAUCAACACAUUGGCAAGAUGUGCGCCACGUAUUGCUUACUGUCCCGGAACACACAUCCUAUGUUCCUGGGGAUAUGAUAUGCAUUACACCGAAGAACUUCUCGAGCGAUGUCGAUGCCCUAAUCCAGAUGAUGGGUUGGGAGGAGCAGGCUGAUCAGCUGGUUUCCUUGGUCCCCAACAGCCAUAUUCCUGCAGAAGACCUCCCCUCUCCGCCCAUCCUUGGCCUGGAGUCGUAUCCGCAGCUAACACUGCGCGCCCUUCUCGCGGAUUAUCUGGACAUCCAGGCAAUCCCACGCCGGUCCUUCUUUGCAGAGAUUGCCCACUACACGAGUGACGAGAUGCACAAGGAGCGCCUGCUCGAGUUCACCUACACUAGUCCGGAGUAUCUGGAUGAACUAUGGGAUUAUACCACCCGUCCAAGACGUAGUAUUCUAGAAGUACUGCAUGAAUUUGAUACGGUGAAGGUUCCAUGGCAGCAUGCGGUCUCAGUGUUCCCGAUCCUCAAAGGAAGACAGUUUAGCAUUGCCAGUGGUGGCGAGUUGAAGAGUGCUGGCGGUGGCACCAAGUUCGAAGUGCUGAUUGCGAUUGUCAAAUACCAAACCGUGAUCAAAAAGAUCAGACAGGGCGUCUGCACACGGUAUAUUUCGGUGCUUCGACCUGGAAGCACAUUAAAGGUACAGCUACAGCGAGGAGGACUCAAUUCCUCCGUCAACCAGCUGGUAGGGCCGACGGUCCUGAUUGGUCCCGGCACCGGUUUGGCACCGCUGCGAUCCAUGCUCUGGGAGAAAGCUGCCAUCAUCAAGGCGUAUCAGGAGGAGAAUCCCGGGCUGGAGCUCUCGAUCGGACCCACGCUGCUGGUCUACGGCGGUCGCAACCGAGAGGCGGACUUUUUCUUCGAGGACGAAUGGCAGCAGCUAGGUAAGCUGAUCAAGUUGAACGUCCUCACUGCAUUCUCUCGAGACCAAAAGGCGAAGGUCUAUGUGCAAGACGUUAUCCGACAGAACUAUGCGCUGCUCUUCAAGCUGUUGCACGACAUGGCGGGAUCGGUAUAUAUAUGUGGAUCUUCCGGACAGAUGCCCAAGGCCGUGCGGGAGGCGCUGACGGAAGCCUUCCAGCAUGGGGCAGAGGUCGAAACGGACCGAUUCAACGAACAAGGCGCCGAGCAGUAUCUCCUUGGCAUGGAGAAGACGGGGCGCUGCUCCGUCGGAUCGGCCUCUCUUCACGCUUCUGCUCGCCUUAAGUGUCAAUUCCCCUCACGACCCUGUCCCGCCCCUCCUCCAUUGACUCUUCUCCGAGACCUCCCCAGCACCACAAUCAAUAUGGCCAGCAGCUUGCGAAUCCUUGUCCCCGUCAAGCGGGUGAUCGACUAUGCGGUCAAACCCCGCGUCAACAAGGCCAACACCGGUGUCGAAAUCGCCGGUGUCAAGCACUCCCUAAACCCGUUCGAUGAAAUCUCCGUCGAAGAAGCCAUCCGUCUGCGCGAAUCCGGCGCCAAGAACCAGAGCCCCAUGAAGGUCGACAACAUUCUCGCCCUCUCCGCUGGUGGAGCCAAGUGCGCCGAUACCCUCCGCACGGCCAUGGCCAUGGGCGCCGACCGCGCAUUCCACGUCGACGUCGGCGACAGCGCCGAUGGCGGCCCCGAGCCCCUGACGAUCGCCAAGAUGCUGCAGGGUGUGGUCAAGUCCGAGAACAUUAAUCUGGUGCUGCUGGGCAAGCAGGCGAUUGAUGGUGAUCAGGGCCAGACGGGCCAGAUGCUGGCAGGUCUGUUGGGAUGGCCUCAGGCGACGCAGGCGAGCAAGGUCGAGAUCAAGGAUGCGGAAGGCACAGUGGAGGUGACGCAUGAGGUGGACGGUGGUGUUGAGACGCUGCGGGCUAAGCUGCCUCUGGUGGUCACUACGGACUUGCGGUUGAACUCGCCGCGCUAUGCUACACUGCCCAACAUCAUGAAGGCCAAGAAGAAGCCGUUGGAGAAGAAGACGCUGGCGGACUUCGGGGUCGAGGAUAAGAGACGUCUCAAGACCCUGAAGGUGACUGAACCCCCGGCUCGCCAGGGAGGAGGCAAGGUCGAGAAUGUCGAUGGAUUGAUCGGCAAGCUGAAGGAGCUGGGUGCCCUGUAAGGUGGAGCAGGAUGGAUAGGUACUUGUGUAUGUUUACGACUAGAGCGUCCGGUGUCAGCUGGACUUUAUCACUCCGGAUCAUAAUCCUGACGUGUAUGUUUGAUUCUAUGCUUAACUCUAUCUGGCUAUUGCCUAGCAACUACCUGUUGGAGUACUGCCUCAUUGAGCCAUUGCAGUCCAAUAUGCCCCUGCCAGCUGGCACGCACUAGUCCACGGACCGGGGAUCCGCCGCAAUGGCAGGACCCAUCCUCCAGGAACACGAAUCGGGAUCUCGGAAGAAGACAGACGCAGCCGGCUGACUCGAACCACCGUGCUAGCAAGACCAUGCACGCGCUAGGAUGAGUCGGUUGAUCUAACCGGAUGGGAUGCCUGAUACAGAGACUAGAUGAUACUAUAGUUCAUAGCUGAAUUGGUGGUUUGGACUGUAGGAUGGUCGCUAACCUUUAAGCAC